GUGCACGAUGCGGGUGGCUCGCUCGAUUUUGGCGCACGCGACAGCCUCGCAGGUGCGCUCGAGCGCUCCAUGGAUGCCUUCGCCCAGUGGGAGAUUGAGGUGUGCUCUCUGGCGGUCCUCAUGUCGAAGAAGGGCUUUCGUGUGGUGGACGAGUCACGCCGGACCUUGGAACUGCUGCCGCCGGAGCGGUAUGGCGCGCUCUCCUACUGGGCCAAGUGGGCGUGCGGCAGCGCUCAGCUUGCGCUGGCCUCCAAGAUCUUCACGCAGGCUGAGCUCGAUGAGGUGCUCGGUGGCGCGACCGACGACGAGCGACCCAACGCGCCGCGCUUCUGCGGCGGCGAGGCAGUGCGGGUCCGUUCGGAGAAGGCCCGCGUGCGCUGGAGGCGGCCACACCUGCGCACUCCGGGCUACAUCCACGGCUCCGAGGGCAUCGUGGUCCGCGUCCAGGGCCCCUUUGCCAACCCGGAGGAGCUCGCGUUCUUCUCGCAAGGGCCGAAGAGGACCGACGCCUACCUGUACACCGUGCGCUUCUCCCAGCGGGCGCUGUGGAAACACUACGCGGGAGGCGCGGACGACUCGAUCGACGUUGACGUGUACGAGGGUUGGCUCGAAGAGGCG